AACCAGCGCCCCCAGACGCGUUUACAGUGGAGAAGACAUGAUAUAUGAACAUCACUUUGCUGCACCCCUCCUCACUCGCUACUGCAUUGUCUCUCUCGCCCGUCCUGCCAUUUAGAAGCCACCCGCGCCAUAUCAUGCCGCCAUGUUAGACGAGAACCUACCCACAUUCUUUCUCAAGCCUUCGCCUGAUGGGUUGAAGCACCACGAGUCCUUCUACUUCACUCAACGCGGCACUGAACCCGAGGCCACGUAUGCCCUCCACCACCUCGACCCCGCCGCCAACGCAGCCAAAAACACAUACGCCGCCGCUCUCUUCGACUCACACAGUCCCGACAUCCUCUAUGGCGAAGUCCUUUCAAAACCGGGUUGGACGCAACCUACUCUAUCGCAGGACGAGAUACGCAAGAAUGGAGGAGUACCCCCGUCGCCCCAACCUAUUCUCCCCACCGAGUUCGCCAUCCAGCUGUACAACCCUGACCAGCAAAUCAUAAUCAGGCAGCAAACGUCAAAGUGGAGUGGAACAGUGUGGUAUGAGUUCAGCAUGCCUCAGACAACAUUCCGGACACCAAGCUCGUCAGCCCUUGAUCGCAGCCAAAACGACCCCGGGGCGGAUGCCGCCACACCCCAGAUCAACUUUGUGUGGAGGAAGGAGGGCAGGAUAGGAAAGGACAUGACGUGCUACCUCACAGGGAAGUCUACCGACCCAACUGGGAAGAAGGCGAAGAAGAGCAAAGAGCCCGAUAUCGCAGUUGCCCUCUUCUCCGGGCUCAAGGAGAUGACCAUCAUGGAGUCGAACCUCUACAGAGUGGACAUGGAGGAUUACAAAGGCCUGGAGGUGGUUCUCUUGCUUGGAGCAGCUGUUAUUCGAGAUCUUUUCUUCAACAACGCCAGAGAAUCUUUCCACAUUAUCGACCCGACAAUUCGAAAGAACAGUGGAGGGCUGAGGGGUAGAAAAGGUUCUUCCCCAUUGGAACCAGGAGCCAUUGUCCCCCCAGUCAUGACUCCUCAGCCCCCACCACAACAACCGCGCCCUAUGCAGCCCGCUAAAGGUGCAGCAGUGAAUCCAUUGUACAACCAGCCAUCACGAAAUGACGCCAAACGCACAUCGCUCCCUCCACUCCGAACUGGUGUCCAGCCCACACAACGACUUGACCCUCGAGCGCAAUGGGAGAUUGAUGCCGAGACUGCUCGUCUUAAAGCUCAAGUCGAAGCCGAGGAGCGAGAACGAAAGCGGGUAGAGGAAAUCAACCGGAGAGCUAGAAGAAAGGUGGAUGAGGAAGAAGCGAGGAAAACAAAGAAGUUUCUUGAGCAAGAAGAUAAGGAGCGGAGGCGUCGCCAGGCCGAAGUUGACAAAGAAACCGAACGUCUUCGGAAGCAGUUUGGUGAUCAGAGCAAGUUGCUGCCACCAGCAGGACCUCAGCAACGGUACUCUGCCCCUCUUCUACAAGGACCCUUCCAGCAACCCUCAAGGCCCCCUGCACAACCAAUUCGACCUGCACAAGCUCGGCCUGCGCAAGGGCCGUACCUGCAGCCGCCGACCGGCCCACGGCCUGCAGCAUCGCAGAGUUCCUUCUUCAGCAAUGGGCUUCCAAAACCCGACGGCCAGGCCAAAAUGAAGAAGAAAAGUUUCUGGGGUCUUCGAAGCGUAAGCGAGCAAAACUCGAAUACGCUACGUAAGAAGCAGAGCAGCAUAUUCUAGUUGUAUAGAUACGAUAUCCACGGCGUUUUUGGGAUCGCACCAAGCUGGAAAUGGCCUGCAGCAUUGGAUUGGCGUAGGUAUUCUGCAUCAGUCAAACAACUGUAUAUUCAUCAUGGGAGAAACCUUCAAAUACACAAUUACCUUGCG